GCUUGGGGGACAGGUAUUUGGUUGAGGUACUGUACUCAGAUGUCAAAGCAAAGGUAACAAUGACCCCCCUGCUUCUGCUGUGUGUGUCCUUGCCCCUCGUUUCGGCAACAAUAUUGUUUAAAGACCAUGACGCCUUGGAUGGCACAUUGCGUGUCAGCAUCCCUAUAGAGAUGCCUCUCCGUCCUCUGCUGGGCAGCAAAGUAGUGGUACCAUGCUACUUCCAGGACAACACAGUCAGUGACCCUGGAGCCCCGACCGUCCCUCCGCUGUCUCACCGCAUCAAGUGGACCUACGUCACCAAGGAGAAAGUCACCACGAUCCUGGUGGCUUCAGAGGGAAAAGUUAAUGUGGAAACAGAGUAUUUGGACAGAGUGACGAUGAUCAACUACCCGCUGGUGCCCACUGAUGCCACCCUGGAGAUAACAGAGCUGAGAUCCAAAGAUUCUGGCACCUACCGCUGCGAGGUGAUGCACGGCAUCGAGGACAACUAUGACUCCGUGGACAUCCAGGUUCAGGGUAUUGUGUUCCACUACCGAGCCAUCUCCACCCGCUACACCCUGACGUUUGAGAAGGCUAAGGCAGCCUGUAUCCAGAACAGUGCCACCAUUGCCACUCCAGCCCAGCUCCAGGCUGCUUACGAUGAUGGAUACCACCAAUGUGAUGCUGGAUGGCUCUCUGAUCAGACUGUUAGGUACCCCAUCCAGGAGCCUCGAGAGCGUUGCUAUGGAGACAAGGAGACCUUCCCUGGCGUGAGAACCUAUGGUGUGAGGGAUGUCAACGAGACCUACGACGUGUACUGUUUUGCUGAGAAGAUGUCAGGCAGAGUCUUCUACUCCAUGUCUGUAGAGAAGUUCACCUUCUAUGAAGCAGGAGAUCAAUGUGCCAAACUCGGGGCCCGGCUCGCCUCCACCGGAGAGCUUUACCUGGCCUGGCAGGCUGGCAUGGAUGUGUGUAACGCUGGCUGGCUGGCGGACAGGAGUGUACGCUAUCCCAUCAACAUCGCCAGGCCUCAAUGUGGCGGGGGACUCCUGGGCGUGAGAACCGUCUACCUGUUCCCCAACCAGACAGGAUACCCCUAUCCAGACUCUCGCUACGAUGCUAUCUGCUUCCAGGCUGGUGAGGAUGAAGGUGCCGUGCCUGUGAGGACCACCCCUUUCCCUGACAUCAUCCGCAUAACACCCGCCCCUGGGUUGUACCCAGGCCUCACCCCCCCACCAGGGGGUGAGGAGAUCAACCGUGGAGAAGUCGACACCCUCCUCCCACUGCCUGUCCCACCCAGUGUGACAGACACAUACACUAAAGUGACUCCUGGGGAACGCGAGCCUGGACUCGAUCUGACAGACAUAAAUGCUGCCAUGGCUCCCACAGGUGUGGUGUUCCACUACCGACCCAUCACUGGUCGGUACACUCUGACCUUCCUGGAGGCUCAGCAGGCCUGCCAGAGUAUUGGGGCGGUCAUUGCCAGCCCCCAGCAGCUGCAGGCAGCCUUCGAGAAAGGUCUGCACCAAUGUGACGCUGGCUGGCUCCGUGACCAGACUGUCAGGUAUCCCAUCGUGUCACCCAGAGAUAACUGUGCUGGAAAUAUGCCACACCUCCCAGGAGUCAGAUCCUACGGCCUGAGGCCAGCUAGCGAACGAUACGAUGUAUUUUGUUAUGUGGAACGUCUGCGAGGUGAGGUCUUCUUCACCAGUGAUUAUGACAGCUUCUCCUAUGAAGAGGCCGUGCAGCACUGUCAGAAACUCAACACCACCCUGGCCACCACUGGGCAGCUGUAUGCUGCCUGGAACCAAGGGCUCGACAAGUGCCGUCCAGGCUGGUUGAUGGACCGCAGUGUCCGCUACCCCAUCACAACCCCCAGGUCCCACUGUGGAGGUGGUCAGGUUGGGGUCCACAUCAUCUACGCCUACCCCAACCAGACAGGAUUUCCUGAUGAGCACUCACGCUACGACGCCUACUGUUUUAAAGCUGAAAUUCCUGUUGUUCAUGUUGAAACUGAAACCAGUGUGAAUCUGACGACAGUGACGGUGGAUGUUAUCAACAAAACAACAGUCACAAUUGAUCACUUUGCUCCCACAGUUGAAACUACUGUACAAUACAACGAAACUGAAAGCGGUCUAAAUAUUACUGAAAUAGAGGAGUUUAUCAACAAGACAACCAUCACAACUCACCAAGUUGCACCUCCUGUGAUAGCCAUUUUACCUCCAGUCCCGGUUGAUGUAUCCGGCUCUGGUUCAGCUGAUCAUUCAGCCAGCGGGGAGAUCUCAGGGGAGUCCGGCACCUCCAGUACCAGUGGAGACGCCUCUGGUUCAGGACAGAACAUCAUCUUCAGCGGACACACUGACGUCUUCUCCGGAGAUCAGUCUGCCUCUGGAGCUCCGCAGGAGGCAGAAGGGGAAAGUGCUGUCAUUGUCACAUCUGGAGAACUUGGUAGUGCAUCUGGAUCUGGGGAGGGGCUUGACAGACAACACUCUGGCUUCAGUGUAUCGGGAUCAGGUUUUAUCAGUGGAAGUGGGGACAUCAGUGGAAGUGGGGACAUCAGUGGAAGUGGGGACAUCAGUGGAAGUGGGGACAUCAGUGGUAGCGACAAAGACUUGAUGAUCAUCAUGGUGGAUGGGAAGAUGGUGGAGGUGUCGAAAACUCACCAAAAACCCACUGAGCAGGAGUUAGGCCAGGGAGUUAUUGAAACCAGUGGAGCUUUCUUGGAAUCAAGUACGUCCGGAUCGGGAGUUAUGUCCGGGUCAGGCUCCGGUGAAUUUUCUGGCAUCUCAUUUGUCGACCACAGUGCCGUUGACCUAACAGUCCAGCCGUCUGGUGAGCAGGAGGUGUCUGGAUAUCGCCCCUUUGGAUCAGGGUUCCACAGUGGCUUUCCAAGUGGUUUUCCAUCUGGUGUCUCAGGCAGCGGCUCUGCCUCUGGGGACUCCUUCAAGCAUCGUGGUGAUGUCAUCUACCUAACAGACAUUGACAUGAUGGAAGUGACUGUACCGCCACUGGUACGCCACCCUGAACAGGGCCGGGGAGUGGUGGAGGUAAGCGGGGAAGGAAGUGGGUCAGGGAUCCGUCAUGAAUUCAGUGGCACUUUGGACCAAAGCUUGCAUUUCUCAGGAAGUGGAGCCACUCAUGAAAAAACUGCUGAGAAGCUUUCUGUCACCCUACCGACUGGAUCUCAGAUUACUUACACUGAGUACGUUACCAGUCUUGGCCAAUCAGCCUACACCAGCCCGACCACAGCACCGUCAGUGUCAUUUGUAACCCCUGCUGUUGUGGAGCAGCCUGAAAUAGUGAAAGACCCCUGCUAUCCAAACCCCUGCAGUUCAGGAUCCUGCUCUGUGCAGGGAGAGCUCGCUGUGUGUCAGUGUCCUAGUGGUUUCACUGGUGAAGACUGCUCGACACCUGUGCAGGGCUGUGCCGAAGGUUGGUUGGAGUUCAUGGGCAGCUGUUAUCUCCACUUUGCGGAGAGAGACACCUGGUCUGAGGCUGAGCAACGCUGUCAAGAGCUUAACGCCCACCUGGUCAGCAUCGGUUCCCAGGAGGAGCAGCAGUUUGUCAACUCCAAUGGUCAGGACUACCAGUGGAUUGGACUUAAUGACAAAGAUGUGCAGAAUGAGUUCCGCUGGACAGACCGCAGUCCUCUGACCUUUGAGAACUGGAGGCCCAACCAGCCAGAUAACUACUUCAACUCUGGGGAGGAUUGUGUGGUGAUGAUCUGGCACGAGGGCGGACAGUGGAAUGACGUGCCCUGCAACUACCACCUUCCCUUCACCUGCAAGACUGGACCUGUCAUGUGCGGAGCUCCCCCUGAGGUGGAACACGGCCGGCCGAUGGGCAGCAGCAGAGAGCGCUACCCCGUCAACUCUAUAGUCCGCUACCAGUGUGACGCAGGAUACACACAGCGCCACCUGCCUGUCAUACGCUGUAUGCCAGACGGACAGUGGGAGGAGCCACAAGUGGAAUGUACAGAAGCCGGCGCCAACAGUAACAGGCUACAUAAAAGAUCUUUCUGGAGAAGAAGUAAAGGGGUCAGCAGCAAACAGGAACAGAGGAAGCUGCUCUGAGCAGGAAUGAAAGGACAUACAACAGAGAGCUACAAAGGACCCCUCUUGUAAAGAAGCAUGGACACCAAUGCAAAUUCCCGACCAAAAAGAUAACAUUCCCUACCAUGUAUAUACACACACACACACUAAAGCACAUUUAAACAGUGAUAGUGUAAUUGACUGAUGUUUUGGAUCUUUGAGUGUCACUCUGCACCUUCUAAAGGCAGUUUUCUAUGUAUUUAUACCGUCUUAAUUUAUAGCUGUGACCCAGAAGUAUUUUCUCAAUGCACAAGAUCAAAUUUUCUGCAAUCAGUUGCCAGCACUGCACACAAAGUAAGGUAGAUAAAAUUAAAUAGUGAUAUAAGAGGCUUUAGAGUGACACACAAAGUCCAAAACAACCCAAUAAAAGUGUUUGAUUGCAGCUGGAUUCUCUGAAGUAAAACACAUUGUUACAUAGAGUUUUGCUAUAUUUUUAGGGUAUUUUUUUUAGAUCUGUGUUUCUUAGUGUUGUUUAUUUCUUUUAUUUGGUCUUAGACUCUAAGGACUACAAUUGUGUGCUUCAGAAUGGUGAAACAAACAGUUUCUUAUAUUAUAGGCGAAGACAGUGAAUCUUAAACUUUUUGGUUGCUGCAAUGAGUACCCACACUGUGGAGAAUGGUGAAGUUAGGUUUUGUUUUAUUUGAAUUAUCAGAGGAGGCCUUGAAGCUUACAAAAAUUCAGUAUUGCAUAAAAUCCCAAAUCUGAGUAAAAGCAGGGUAAAAAGACAUGGCGAUACAGUAGAAAUAGUUUUUUAAUGCAUUAAACCAUCUUUGAAGAACCACGUAUCAAACAUACUGAAAUGAUUGUGCUGUUCCAUUUGAUGAUGAAAAGAAAUUCAAGUUCAAGACGCGAUUAAAGUCACUGCAAUCGACCUGGAAUGAAAUAGUCAGCACUCAUGCACUUUUGGGAGUCUUCAGUCACUUCCGUGCUGAUCAUUUGAAUCCAGCGCACCUUAAAAAAAAAAAAUCCUCAUCUGUAGCUGACGCAUGACACGAAAACUGUACUGAGUAACAAGUGAGAUUUACAGUAUGACACUGAAAUGGCUGGCUUUUCUGCCAAGAGGAGCCUCCAGGACGGUGCAGAAGUCCACCUCAUUGGGUCAUCUGUUGCAAAAGAUGCACACCCAGUUUUGCAGGUUGGGGUUUAUAUUUGUGACUUCUCAAGAGCAAUCAGUGACCUCUGUCAGACCUCUGUCUGGUGUGAGAAUCAUGCUUAUAUAAGAUUCAGUGUUUGCUGAAUGAAUGAGUUUCUCACUGUAAAUAUUCUCUCUACAAUUCUCUGAACAGCAGGAUCUGUCGAUAACUUACGCAGAGCAGACAAUUUCAUUGUUUGAUUAAUUCAUCAUCAACCUCUUUGUUGAUUUGUUAGUUUAAUUAACUGGUAAGGUGCAGUUUUGAGUUGCUUAUCAAGUGGGCAUGGCUGACUUUGACAGCCAGCUGAACAUAAGAAGACAUAUUGAUUUUUCUAUUAAAGCCUCAGACAUCUUUGCAGAGGUUUCUGGCUGUGUUUCAUGUGACAGGGUCUUAUCAACAGAAAUGUACUUCUUAAAAGUUGAGAAAUGACAAUUUUAGGGAAAAGAAGCUGUGAAAGCAGUAGAAAUUUAUAAAUAAAAUUAUGAGAAAUAAGAUGGAGAAGGGAAGCGGAGGUUAUAAAAUGUUGACCAUGACCUUUUAAGGUCAAGAUUUGCUUAAACUCUGAGAGCAGAUACUUAUGUCCAUAUCUUGACUUCUCAUAGAACAAUUCACAAACACUGAAACAGCAACCACACAAACACACACAGUCAAACUGGUACUCUCAUGGACACACACACACACACACUUCAGUAAACACACUACAGAAUAUGAAAGUGGAUGAGUGAGCCUGACGACGCCACAAAGUGAAACACCUAGCUUGCUCAAAGAUGGGUAUGUUUUGUACAAGUAAGUUGAUAUGGAUGCUCCUGCUGUGUGCUGGAAUUUUAUAAAUCUAUCACACAACAGGAUAUGCUCAUGUUUCAACAUGAAGCCAACAUUUGAGUGAUUAUGUGGAGGACAGUUGAAAAAAAAUCAGUGAGCUAGAAAAAAGUGCUGGUCUGUAUUAGUGUUGGUGAUCUCUUGAUUCUUCAACAAACCGACGUGUCUUUUGACAAUAAACCAAAAUAUAUGUAACAGUGCACACACACGCUUCUGUUGUGACUUUGUUCAGAUCCCGAAUCCUGAUGUGAACAUGCAGUAUACUGUACUGUGCUGUGCCAAAUAAAACUUGGAAUCAUC